AUGGGAUAUGCUGAUUCUAUCUCGUUUACUAAUGUUUCGCUUAUCCCAUGUGAAAAACUAACCGGAUCAGCCAACUAUAACAUAUGGGCUCUUGCAUCUCUUGGCAACAAUCAAAAUUGCCUUCGAGGAGGGUCAUCCAACUCCAAACCUCGUCCUAAGUGUGACCAUUGUAAUCGACUUGGACAUACUAUCGAUCGUUGCUGGAAGUUGCAUGACAAACCUCCACGGCAGGUUGCAGCUUGGGAUGCAAACCUUGUAACCCCUCACAAACGAAUGGGGAAUGCAGUUGUUGAUUUGCAAUGGCUUUGUGACGGAGAUACACAUGAGAUACUGGUGGAGUUGGAAGGAAUGGGUGGUGGUGGAGAGGUUUGGCUGGAGGUUAAGUAUAAGACCUUUGAUGAAAUUGAUGAUGAGAAAAAGUGGUGGAAGAUACCUUUUGUUUCAGACUUUAUAAAGAAGAAUGGUUUUGAUUCUGCAGUCAGAAAGGUUAUUGGUUCCGAUACAGUACAAGUCAGCCAAUUUGUGGAGUAUGCAUUUGGGCAGUUAAAGUCAUUUAACAAUGACAAGGGUCGGAUGUCUGAUAAUGAUAAAUAUGAUAUUGAAAGUUCCGAGCAAUCGAAUGAAUCUGCUUUUAUGUUGAAGACGCUUUCUCUUGAGGCUGGUAGUUCAGAAUUCUCUAGUGAACAAAGAAACAUGGAAGAGUUUCGCUCCUGUGACAGUGAAACUGGAAAUGAACAUGCUUUGGAACCAUCACCACAAGCUAGUGAGGAAGAACUGUCAAAUCAACGUUUUUGGAUGAAUUUUUCUAAUGUUAUCAAUGCCAACAUUGUUCAAAAGCUGCGUCUCUCUGUUCCGGAGAAAUUAAAGUGGGACGGACUGGAGUUUCUAAACAAAAUUGGCUCGCAAUCCCAAGAUAUUCAGAAGAUGUUUAUAUUCAAUCUGGUCUUGCGAUGCCUGGAGGCACUGAAGAACCAGACAAUAAAACAAGUGGUCAGCCUGCCAUUGCGGCAAUCCAGGCUUCACUUCCAGAGGUCAAAAAGGCAAGUGAGAUAUUGA